GGAGACAGCAAAACGAGCGCACAAAGUGGGCUUAAAUCUAGGCGAUUUAUCUCUCUUCGUUCUCGCCUGACACGCUAGGGUUUUAGUUGUUGAUCUCCGUUCUUCCUUCCUUCAUCAGCCAUGAGCGACGCCAGAGAAGGUCCCGAUAUGUCCGAUCUCCGUGUUGCUUUGAAUUCGGAGGAGAAAGCUGAUCUUGUCAGUGCUCUCAAACAUAAGCUUCAGGAUCUUACUGGGAAGCACUCUAUUGAGAUUGAGAACCUGUCUCCUAAUGUGAGAAAGCGUGUUGAGGUUCUCAGGGAAGUCCAGGCUCAACAUGAUGAGCUGGAAGAGAAGUUCAAUGAAGAGAGAGCAGCACUUGAAGCAAAGUACCAGAAGCUUUAUCAACCACUGUAUUCAAAGAGAUAUGACAUUGUAAAUGGAGUUGUUGAUGUUGAAGGGGAUGUAUCUGAAAGCCCUGCUACAGAUGGAGAAAAAGGAGUCCCUGAGUUUUGGCUUACUGCAAUGAAGAAUAAUGAAGUGCUAUGUGAAGAGAUAACAGAGCGAGAUGAAGAGGCCCUCAAAUUUUUGAAAGACAUUAAGUGGUCCAGGAUGGAAGAGCCAAAGGGAUUUAAACUUGAAUUCUUCUUUGACACUAAUCCAUUCUUCAAGAACUCUGUUUUGAAAAAAGUCUAUCACAUGAUUGAUGAAGAUGACCCAAUUCUAGAGAAAGCAAUUGGCACUGAGAUAGAAUGGUAUCCCGGAAAAUCCCUGACACAGAAGAUACUGAAGAAGAAGCCUAAGAAGGGAUCUAAGAAUGCUAAACCUAUUACUAGAACUGAAAAGUGUGACAGUUUCUUCAAUUUCUUUAGUCCGCCUCAAGUGCCGGAGGAUGAAGAUGAUCUUGAUAGAGAUGCUGCAGAUGAGCUCCAGGCUAUGAUGGAACAAGACUAUGAAAUUGGGUCAACUAUCCGAGACAAAAUCAUUCCACAUGCAGUGUCUUGGUUCACGGGUGAAGCUGCUCAGGAAGAGUAUGGAUUGGAAGAUGAUGAGGACGAUGACGAUGAUGAUGACGACGAAGAUGAUGAAGAUGACGAUGAGGAGGAAACAGACGAGGAUGAAGAUGAGGAUGAAGAUGAAGAUGCUGUCGUCAAGAAAAAGACGCCCGCCUCAAACAAGAAAUCUGGAAGAACCAAUGCAGUUGAUGGCCCGCAGGGCGAGAGACCUCCGGAGUGCAAGCAGCAGUAAGGCUGAUGAUGGUUAUGAAGGAGAAGUGGCCUUGUAUUGUGUGUGGUUGGUGCUUUCGAUGUCUUGCGGUGAUGAAAUUUUGAUCCUAUGUUUCAAUUUUUUUGUCGGUAUAUCUAUCUGUCAUCCUUGUGUUUGGGUUCUUUUGUCAGUCAUGUGUUUUUUUUUUCUGUUGAGACAAAGGAGAGUAGUUUGGUGGUCUCUUGUGGAGUAAAACGUUUUUCUUGGAUUCACGGUCUGGAUCUAUCAUUACGUUUGUAUUAUAUUUAUACCUAUAUUAUCAAUGUUUAUUCUAUUACUGCACCCCGGCUCUUGCUUUCCACGAGUUACGUUCUGUGGAGGAAAACUAUAAUUUUGGCCGUAGAUGCCAAAACCAUGAUUAUUGGAUAUUUUUAAUUCCAUCUAAAUGAAUUCUACAGAAUUUA